AUGGAAUAUGGAAGAGAUAUUAAUGUCAUUCGUCGUGAUGGAAUUCUAAAGAAAGUUCAAGAGACAAAGGGGUAUUAUGAUCCGUUGCAGUAUCCUAUAUUGUUUCCAUUUGGGACACAUGGUUGGGACGUUAACACAACAAAUUGUAAUGGACGAAGAUUGUCAUGUCGAGCAUAUUACAGUUACAUGCUUCAGAUUCGCCCAAAUGAUCAAUCAAUGUUGUUAAAUGCGGGUCGACUGUUGCAACAAUAUGUUGUAGACAAUGAUGUCAAAAUUGAAUCAGCAAGAUUAAGGUGGAUUAGAGAGCACCAACAUGAUAUACGUGCUGAAGUGUACCAAGGUUUACAGGAUGCUUUGCAUGUCGGUGAAACUAAUGCAGAAAACAUUGGAAAAAGAACAAUAUUGCCAUCAUCAUUUAUUGGAGGUCGUUGA